AUGGCCGAAGCGAACGACGAUUUCUAUUUACGAUAUUAUGUGGGUCAUAAAGGAAAAUUCGGACAUGAAUUUCUCGAAUUUGAAUUUCGUCCUGAUGGCAAAUUACGUUAUGCAAAUAAUUCGAAUUAUAAAAAAGACACAUUAAUUAGAAAAGAAGUUUAUAUUAGUCGAACUGUUGUUGAUGAACUUAAACGUAUUGUGAAUGAAGCAGACAUUAUGAAAGAAGAUGAUGCUGUUUGGCCACCACAAGAUCGUACAGGUCGACAAGAAUUAGAAAUCGUUCUUGGUGAUGAACACAUUUCAUUUACAACAGCAAAAAUUGGUUCUUUAAUCGAUAUUAACAAUAGUCGCGAUCCAGAUGGUUUGCGUUGUUUUUAUUAUUUAGUUCAAGAUUUGAAAUGUAUUGUUUUCUCGCUUAUUGGCCUUCACUUCAAGAUACAACCUAUCUAA